AUGCAAGGAGUGGGGUCAUAUAGAGGAGCGACAGAGGAGGAAGGGGAGUUGCCUGCUGCAGCACUGGCUGACCAUGCAUGUGCAGCCAUGAGUGAACUGCAAGAGGCGGCGAGGACGCGAGGAGGGGAGGGGAAGGAAAAGGAAGGCGAGGAAGGUGGAGAGAGGGGGUAUGAGGUGGGGGAGCGGGUGUGGGCAGCGUAUAUGGAGACACUAAACCAUGCAGGGCGGUAUGAGGCGAGCAUUGCUGCAUGGCCGCAUGUCAUGGCCAUCAAGAGAGGGACGGGAGAGUGGGCGGAGGGCGAGGAGGGGGUGAUGGGUGAUGCAAGCAGAGGGAGGGUGGGGGAGUGGGAGCGUGCAGCGCGGGGCACGUGUACGGGAAGCAGGGAAGCAGCAGCAGAUGGGGGGGGGGAUCUGCCUGGGCUGCGCGCGUGCAAUGCGCACCUCGCAGCGCUGGCAGGAGCAGCAGUGGCUGCGAGCGGGGCGGGUGGGAGCAGGAGGGAGGUGGAGAGGCGAGGCGAGGAGGCGGAGGGGUUUUUCAGGGUGAUGCUGCGGGCGGAGAGAGGGCCGCUCACUGCUGCUGUGAACGCGCUGCUGCACAUGUACCUCCACCAGUCACGCUUGAAUGACCUUGAAAGGCGGUUUCAGGGGAUGAAAGAGAUAGGGUGCCUCCCCGACCGCACGUCCUACCACCUGCGCCUGGCAGCACACACCAAAGCGGGCAACCUGGGCAUGGCGAAAAAAAUCUUCCUCGAGAUGACCUCCAACCAGGACAUUGGCGUUGACGCUCACACCUACAACCUCGUCAUAGCCGCAUGCGGCGCAGCAGGCGACACUCGAUCCGUCCGUUCGCUGUAUCUGGACAUGGUCGGGAACAGGAAGGACCGGGGGAAGAAGCCUGGUAUGGUGCUGGUGGGGGCAGCGAGGGAAGCGGCGGAGGCUGUGGUGGGGAAGUUGAGGGUAGAGAGGGAUGAGACAUGGAGCAUGAAGCUGAGUAAGGAGCAGCGGCAGGUGUUGGCAGGGGUGCUGCUGGGUGGGGCGCGGAUUGCUACGCAGGACAACGAACGGACGUACGAGAUUCAUUUCGAGCAGCCGUUGGAUAAUCCUGGCCGUGUAGAGCUGCUGGAGGGGCUGUACAGGGCGUUUGGCUCGUGGGCGAGUGCGCCGCCCAGAAACAUGCUCCUGCUCAUGCCGCCCGCCCCAGACGCUCCUCCCGAUGCUGCCGCUGCCGCUGCCGCCGUCGCUAAUGCCGCCGCUGCAGCCAAUCCGACUCCUUCCUCCUCUUCCUCCACCGCCCCACCUGCCGACGUCUUAGCAGCAGCGGGGGUGCGUCCCAUCCGCGUGCGUCACUUCGCCACCAUCCCGCACACGGCCCUCCGCUACCACGCGCAGCGCUACCACCCCCAGGGGCCCCGCGUCAUUCCCAAGCUCAUACAGCGCUGGCUCACCCCCAAGACUCUCGCCCACUGGUACAUGUACAGUGGAAGGCGGUGUGAGGAGACCGGGGGGAUAAUUCUGCAUGCGAAGCAGUACUCGAGUCGGGAUUUGAGGAGGAUUGCCCGUGCGCUGUGCGUGUCGGUGCGGGAUUGUAGCGUGAAGAUGAGGGUAAGGGGGAAAGAGGGUGGGUGGGAGGAGGAUGAGGAGGGGGAGAGGAUGGUGGGGGAUUCAGUGAUGGGUAGGGAGGGCAGAGGGGAAGUGAGGGGAGAGGAGGGGAAAGUGGGUGCAGAGGUGUGGUCUGAUGACGCAUGGGGUUUUGAUGGACAGGAUGAGAGGGAAAGAGAUGAAGAUGAGGAGGACGAGGAGGACGAGGAGGAAGAAGAGGGGGAGGAGGAAGAUGAUCAAGAGGAAGGAGAAGAGGAUGAGGAUGAUGGCGACGGUGAUUGGGACGACGGGGGGAAUGAAGAGUGGGAAGAAGGGGAGGAGGCGGAGCUUGACAGGGAGGAGGGUGAUGCAGGAGAAGGGCAGAGCGACGAGAGAGAAGGGCGAAGCGUUGGCCGGGCAGGGCUUGAGCAGCAAGAGGAGCCGCAAGAGGAGCAUGAGGAGCAUGAGGGGCAAGAGGGGCAUGAGGGGCAUGAGGGGCAAGAGGAAGUGGACAAAUUUGAGCGGAAGAGAUUCAGUCGAGGCAGGUUUAGGGAGAGAGAGAAGGAGAAGGACACAAGGGAGGAGAUCGGGCUGAACGAGUGGAUGCCUCUGGGGCUUGCUCUGUACAUGGAGAAGGUGCAGACACCCGUGUUCAAGAAGAAACCCAAGAAGCGGAGGAAGGUUGAGGGGGUCUCUGGCGCGGUACAUGGAGAAGGUGCAGACCCCCGUGUUCAAGAAGAAACCCAGGAAGCGGAGGUGAUGCAGUUGAGGGUUUUGGGUUUGGAGAGGUUCAGAAAAAACGCCAUAGCAGAUUUAGCAGCACCCAGCACCCAACGCACGUCUCUACCCUCCGCAGCACGCGUGACUAUAACGGGCGGCAUGGCGGCGGUGAGCGCGGACGCGGUGUGCGCGUGGCUGCUGCAGACGACGAGCGCGGACGAGGCGACCGUGCGAUCCGCCAGCUCGGCGCUAGAGGAAGCUUCCAAGCACCCGGGAUUCCUGGGCCACGUGCUUUCCGUCGCAGCAGUGCCCAACUCCCCAGCAGCUCUCCCCGCGGUCCUGUAUUUCAAGAACGUGGCAGUGGCCAAGUGGAGGGGAGCGGGCAGCAAGGGGCGGGUGCAGCUGCCGGGGGGGAAGGAGGAGCAGGAGGCGGUGCGGGUUCAACUGGUGGAGGUGCUACUGCGAUGUGGCCAGGGGAAGAUUCUGAGCGUGCUUAUCGAAGCGUUCUCUGUUGUUGUUCGCACCGAGUUGGCGUCCCCCUCCGGCUGGCCACAACUGCUCCCAGGGCUCAAGGCAGCGCUUCUCUCCAGCGAUCUCAUCCGAGCCGUUGGUUCUGCCUCCACCACUGCUCCUGGGCCGUCGGAUCCUGCCUCUGCAGCAGCGGCGACAUUCUCUACAGUCACUGUGCUUACAGUCCUUCGUGCGGUCACCAAGCCAUACCGGUACUUCCUCGACCCUACCAACGACAAGGAGCCGGUGCCGCCAGUGCUGGAAGCCAUUGCAUCGGACCUGCUGCUGCCCCUCAUGCCCCUCAUGCAUCACCUCCUUGCGGCUCAGGCGCAGCAGCCAAACCCUCAAGCACCAUCCGCACAGGAUGAAGCGCUGCUGCUCAUUCUCAAGACUCUCCACCUCUCUGUUCAGAGCCACAUGCCGUCGGCCAUCCGCAAGCACAUAGACAGCAUAGUCCCAGAGCUGCUGCUGCUGCUCUCACACUGCCCGCCCAACCUCGCCGCCGCCGCUGCGUCACUCUUUCCUCCUCUCCCCACUACCGCACCUCCUCUGCUCUUUGGACUCCCUUCUCCAUUCCCUCUCCAUCUUCCCGUCCCUUUCCUUUUCCCCUCCCGUUGCCUGUCCCACCCACCGUGUGCGCCUUCCAGGCACUUUCCUGCCAUGGUGGAUGGCAUCACAGGCAUCGUCUGCAACUCACUGUGGACCAAUAAGCUCCCCUUAGCAGCCCGUCGUGUUAUCGCAGUGGCAUUCACCGCCAUCUCUCAAGUGCUCGACUCCGCUCCGGGCUGGAAGGUAGUGGCUCCGCAGUUCGCCCAUCUCCUAGAGGCCGCCAUCUUCCCUGCGCUCUGCCUGCAUCCCCAAGAUUUGGAGCUGUGGGAUGAGGACGAGGAGGAGUAUGUUCGACGUAACCUACCCACAGAUCUAGAUGACAUGGAUGAAAUCGAGAGCUAUGACCCACGGCAGUGUGCUGCUCAUUUGCUGGCGCUCAUUGCCACCUCCAAGGGAAGCCCAGCCAAAGGCAAGCCAGGUGCCACAGGCGCGGCGGCACCGUCCAAGUCCACGUCACCAGCAGCAGGCAGAAGGAGACAACGAAGGCCAGCCGCCACCAAGGACACUGACGCAGCAGCGGCUACAGUGGUGCUUCCCUUCCUCUCCAGGUUCCCUCUCCCAGCUGAUGCUGCCGUGGCUCUGGACGGCAUAUUCGUGGCGGGGGCAGGGGGAGGUCAGGCUCCUGCCGAUGCUGCCAGUGCUGCUGUCGUCCAUGCUUUGAGCGCCAGCCAGCCCAUUGGAGCAUCUGCCAUCUCCUAUCCGCGGUUCCGUUUCCCGUUACCCCAAGUUAUCUUGUCCCUCCCUCACCUCUCCCCUCGCCCACGUUCCUCCCCCUCUCCACACCUUGGCAAAACUUUGAGCGCCAGCCAGCCCAUUGGAGCAGCUGCUAUCUCCCCACCCCCCCCGGUUCCGUUUCCCUACUUGGAGCGCCAGCCAGCCCACCUCCAGCAGCUGACUUAUCCCUCUGUUUCGUGCUCCCCCAACUUAACCUCACCCACCCUUUCUCCCUCUUCCCCCUCCCCACCCCCCCCCUCUCUACACCCCCCGCAGUACUUCGAGCGCCAGCCAGCGCAACUGGAGCAGCUGCUGCCAGCACGCGUGCUGCCCCUCUUCUCGCAGCGCCACGUCAGCGCCGUCCUAUUGGCCUCCGCCACGUGGCUGCUGGGAGAGCUCUCCGCCGCCCUGCCUGAGUCGCUGCACAGCCCUGUGUACGAGGCGAGCAUGAAGGCCAUGGCAGCGGGGGACGCGGAGGGGCAGUCAUGGGCGGCGGUGCGCACUGCUGCGUCACAUUGCAUCUCCUACCUCAUCCAGAAUGAGGUGGAGCCGUCUGAUUGGCUGGCAUUCCUGCAAGCAGUGGUAGCAGCAACAAGAGCAGGGGAAGAAAAGGAGGCGGUGAGGGCGCUGGAUCUGCUGGAAUCAGUGGCAGUGGAAGGAGGCGAGGGCGUGCACUCGCACCUGCCCGCUAUCAUCUCUGCUGUUGCAGAUGACACCUGCGCAGCUCUGCCUCCCCCAGAUCAGCCCUGGUCACAGCGUGUGUGGGCGCUCUUCUCAGCACUCGCCUCGCUGGUUGAGUCAUGGGCCGAUGACGAGCUGCCAGGGGGGGACGAGGAGGAGGAGGAGGAAGGGGAGGAGAGGGGAGGGAAGGAGGCAGCAGGGGCGGAGGAGAGGAGUCGCCGGGCAGUGGAGGUGGCAGCGUCUGUAGCUCGCGUGCUGCGAGUGGCGUGGCUGAAUGAACCUGUGGAUCUGUCCCUCUUAAAGCCACAGCCAGCAGCCGCUUUAGACGGCGAGGAGGAUAAGGAGCCGCCCCCCACCUCGUGGUUUGACGCCUCUCUGCUGCUCUCCUUCGUCCUCAAAGCCGCUGCCAAUGCCCCAGCUUCACCUCCCUCCACCGCUGCUGCUACAACCACUGCUGCUACAGCCGGUGCUGCUACAGCCGGGGAUGCGGCAGCGCUGGUGGCGCAGUGGGGGGUGGUUCCGCUGCUGCACAAGUGGGUGGAGCUGGUCGCAGAGUGGACGGCAUGGGAGGAGGAUGAGGACGAGGCAGUAUUUCAGACGAUUGACUCGCUGCUCCUGCUGCAGGGCCGGACUCCAGUACCAGAUUUCAUAUCCUGGGCCCCUCCGCCGCCUCCCCUGCCGCCCGUGCCGCCCCGCUCCAUCCUCGAAGGCAUCGCGUGCUUCGUCUCAUCCGCGCUAUCCGACGGCUCUCCUGCUGCCACGUGGCGAGCAUCCAGGCACUCGCACACGCUGCUGAAUGCUGCUGCCGUGGCACUCAAUGGCGGCCCUGCUGCUGCUGCCCUGGCUGCACGGUUUGCCGAGCCCGCGUUGGACGAGAAUCUUGACGAUGCUGAGCUGGAGGUGGCACUGUCAAGAGGCGAUGCGCCGAGGCACCACAGGCGCCCCUCACCUCACCAUAAUGCGAGUGUGCGCUCUCUUUUCACCACUGCUCUCUUCUCUCUUUUCCCCAUGACUGACCCCAUCCAGCCUACAUUGGACGAGAAUCUUGACGAUGCUGAGCUGGAGGCGGCGCUGAUGAGGCGAUACGCCGAGGCGGCGAAGAUGAUUGGCUCUCUGGAGGAGGACGAGGCUGACGUGGAGGAUGAGUAUGGUGUCGAGCUGGAGCUAGGGCUGCAGGACGAGCAGGCGAUCAUCAGGGCGUGCCUGCAGCAGCACGGGUCCUCCCUUGCUUUGCACAUGCUUACUUUCACCCCGUUACUCUCCCCGACACCCGCCCGCCCUUUCACUGCAGGCCUCACAGGGCUACAGGACGAACAAGCGAGCAUCAGGGCGUGUCUGCAGCAGCACUGGGCGGCUCUGGGCCGCCAGGUCGUGGCACUCAAGCCAUCGCUCUCCGCUGACUUCGCUCAGGCCUUCCCUCCGGCCAAGCCAUUCCUUCUCUGA